GUAAAAAGUCCCCUCCCCGGCAAAUCUCCCACUGUCCAACACAUCUACGCCCAUUUUGCAUCAUCCCAAAUUCAACAUCUCUCGUGACUGCACAUGUGUCGCCUUGCCUUACCGAAAUCUUUCGCUAAACCAUCAUUUGAACCAUCGCUAUUGAAAGUCUGAACGUUGCAAAGAAAUCCGGACUCGGAAUUGAUUCGAAUCACACCGUCAUAACCCUUCCGUUAUACCGCAUAUCGAAAUACUGCGUAUUAUAGGUGACUUUGGUUCAGAUUAUUUCCCUUUUCCCUUUUCCGACAGAUCGAAUCCUCUCGAUUGGAGUUCAAUCCCGUCGACUUUUCCACCGACGCCCGACACCGACACGCAACUACUAGAAUCCGGUCUAAGGCGCCUCUCAUACGAUACCUACCACGACCAGAUUAUAAAAAUUUCUCAACUUCGUCUCGUCGCCAUUACAUGUUUGAUCAACUGGGAAUUUAUCAAGGCGAUCAUCGUUGAACGCUUCGGCGGCUGUCCCUUUCCUUUCCUUCAAUCAACUACAAUCUCGUCCUCAGGAAGGACAACCGCAUUUUUUAACGCGCCACCCUCCUUUUACUUAGAGCCGUAUCCAUAUCGGCAACUCCGAAUCCAGGACUGAUCUCGAACACCAAGACUAAUUGACAAAAAGUCGGUUUUCUUCGGCAGACACUACCUGUCAUGACCAUUCCUCUUUCCUAGUGUAUUAAACCUGCUUUAAAAGUUAAGAUGAUUAUGGUUGGAUCUAGAGAGUCCGCCAGCUUUCACAAUGGUGAUGCCGGUGUUGCCCAUUCCUUCGAGGCUCAUUCUCAGAGCCUUCACAUCCCAAGAGAACCUUACCUACAGAGAGAGAUGUCCAUCAACCGGGAUCGAGAACGGGAACGGGAACGGGAACGGAACGGGGACAAGGAUAGGGAUGGAGAUGGGGAUGACGACGAAGACGAGGGUACUGCAACCGUUGAGUUGGCCGCAAUAAUGACUACUACGUCAACUCCUGUCACUCCUGGCCCAGCAAGCCCACCCCUCGAGCAGCCCAAACCGAAUGAUUUCGUACCCCCGACCCGACCUAGCAGCACUCCGUUUCCCAAUGCCCAGCAGGGCCAAACCGAUAUUCGUUGUCUAACCUGCCAGCCGGACUGUUUCGGGUCCGAAGAUUGCAUAGUCACGAGUCCGGUAUCUACGCCGGUUAUUGUCGAACAAAAUCCGGUCCUGACAUUAGCCCAAUUACCGGCCGAAAUCCACGAAUGUAUUCUCGAUCACCUUUUCGGAUACCGUGUAUCUACAACAUCGCCGAGUUCUCUCAAUAUCCCGAGCGUGAAUGCCCGCAGUUGGAGUACCGCAUUACGGCAUUCAAGAAGGAAGGAAUUAUCCAAUCUGGCCCUCGUCUGUCCCUUGUGGAGGGAUAUGAUCCAGCAACGACUCUAUCGCCACAUAAAGCUAAAAGCGACGGUGCAUUAUAGUAACGAUGUUAUGGACUUCUUCGUGCGCCAUCCUCAUCUCCGAACGUACGUAAAACACGUCGAGAUCUGGUUUCCGGUUUUCCAGCCGAAGUUCCACUCGACCGUCCCGGGUGACACCUCGCUUGCCCUACCGACAGUCUCGCCUGAAGGUAUAGCUAGCGCAACCUAUGCGCUACCAACCGACAACUCGACUCUUGAAGAAGUAUUUUAUCUCGUGAGUAUGCAAUUUCCGGAGGCACGGGUCAUGACGCUUGAGGGUGGGGAGAGGAAGAAAGCUCCGCGGGUGAAAUUUAGCCUCGCUAGUCCCGCGUGGGCUUCUCGAGACUUGCCCGAAAUCUCGUCGAUCCGGACGCUGGUCGUGAAGGGCCAGUGGAACAUAAUUCGGCAGCCGAAGGAUUGGGAGGUCAUCUCGCGCGCGCUGCCGAAUUUGGAGGAGUGGCAUGGCACUUAUGCUAAACCCAAGUCUAAGAGCUAUCUUAGUAUGGCGGGCACGCUCGAGUGCCUCGAUCCAAAAAUUACUAGUCUCAAUCUCUGCCUUGAGUGUGACUAUCGCAGAGAAAUGACUUGCCCACCUUACUAUCUCAAGGUCUGUGAACAGCUUCAUUGGUGCGAGAAAAUGGCGAGAGCUGCAUGUAACCUCGAACAUCUCUCCUAUACCGGCCGUGUCUGCCACAGCUUCUUCGAUGUGCUUGCCAAGUAUUCAAACCCUCGAACCACCCGGCUAAAGACAAUUGACAUCACGGUCAAGAAUUGCUGCCGACAGAACGCACAGUGGAACGAGUCGGGUUCGGGUAUUACCGACAUGCACUUCAUCUCCGCCUUCGAACAGUUGGUCCUGGGCGGUAUUCAAGCCUUGGGCCGUCUCAAGUCUGUGGAAUUAUUGCGGAUUCGAUACGUUGAUCUUGACUCUCCUGUUCCACCUCUCAAUCCCUACUUUAUGAUAAGAGACGGUUGGUGUUCUGGGGUAUGGAGCGAUGAGAUCGUGGCAGAGAUUAACCGUGUCCGCCCAGACAUCUGCUUCGAGGAGAUGGUUGAAAGCUUCGGUGAAGUUGGCUAUAACAAGGAAGGCCGGUUAGUUAUUAACCCCGACUUCCCAAAAUCAAGGGUCUUGUCCCUUAAAUUAGCCAACUACGCCAUGCUCUCCGGUGGCAUCACGAUUGUGUGAAGUCCGAUAUAUUAAUCAACCCGUAACUAAACUACUACUACAACAACAACUACUACUACU